UAGGGGCAACCAUAUUUUCAGUCACACUCCAUUCACACGCACAUGUUUGCACAGAUGUGAGUUUGGUUUGUUUGGUCUACAGAGGUGUGUAGGAGGUGACUGGAGAUACUGACUCGUAGGAAAAUCAUUUCAGGAGUGAACCAUCGCAGAAUCUACCAAGAGCCAUGUGGGUUGUCCUGGUUUUGCUGCUAGCCCUCUCCAGUGGUGCUCUGUCUCUGGACAAACUCAACAUGUGUAUGGACGCCAAACACCACAAAGUAAAUCCUGGCCCUGAGGGACAACUCUACCUUCAGUGUGCUCCGUGGCGUGACAAUGCAUGUUGUACAGCCAACACCAGCACAGAAGCCCACGAGGAUAACUCCUAUCUGUACAACUUCAACUGGAAUCACUGUGGUGCCAUGAGCCCUGAGUGCAAGAGACAUUUCAUCCAGGACACUUGCUUCUACGAGUGCUCACCACACUUGGGACCUUGGAUACAAAAAGUGGAUCAGAGCUGGCGUAAGGAGCGUAUCUUGGAUGUGCCUCUGUGUAAGGAGGACUGCCACAGUUGGUGGGAAGAUUGCAAGAAUGAUUACACCUGCAAGACUAAUUGGCACACAGGAUGGGACUGGAGCUCAGGUGUUAACAAAUGUCCUGCAAACAGCAAGUGCAGAAAGUGGACCGACGUUUAUCCCACACCCAUGUCCAUGUGUGAAGAAAUCUGGUCCAAAUCCUACCUUUAUACCACCUACUCCAAAACCUCAGGCCGCUGCAUGCAGCUCUGGUUCAAUGGGACAAACCCCAACAAAAAGGUAGCUGAGUACUACCUUAACAACGCACAACAACCCCAAAGCUUUGCCUUGACAAUGCUACUUUUUCUGGGUUUCUCAUCUUUAUCUGCAAUGAUGUACUAAAAUGAUUCUUGGACCCAUACUGUGUCAUCUCUGAGGUAGCAAUAAAAAUGAUUUCAAAUGUU